AUGGAUCGAAUCUUAAUACGUGAAUAUUUUUAUCCCCCAAACGAACAUAUAAUCUCUAAUCAAGAAUCUGGUUGGUCAGUUGCCAUAUCUGACAGAAAUGAAGAAGGUCAUGCAUUAAUUGCUGUGUCAUAUCUUUUUUUUCCAACUAAAAAAGCGCCGACAUACAUUUUUUCAACUGGGACUGAUAAAUCAAUAAACACGCCAUCAUCAAUAGUAUCAAUAUAUAAUAAUAUGGGUGGCGGGAUUAUAAAAUUUAUCAAUUCUAAUACUUUAAUUUUGUUAAGAGGAUCAGGAUUUCACAGAUUGGUAUUCUCCUCUCCAUUCUCCUCCACAAAAAACGAUAAAUUCACUAAUCACUAUUAUAAUUAUUCGUCAAUAAUCUUGAAUCAAAUAAGAACUCACGAUAUAAAGGCAAAUUUUGCUUUAUUAAACAGAAUCAUCGUCAAGGAUUUUUUCUUUCUACGUAAAAAUGCCAAAAAAUACCAUUUCCUCGAGAUGUAUAAUCUUGAUCCAAACCACGGCAUUGAUUUCGAAUUGGAACAUAUCCUUCAAAGUUCAGAUUGUAGUAAUUUUCCUGCUAAAACACCAAUUAUUACCAUAUCCAAAAAUUCAAAACUAUUGGCGGUUACAUUAUGUAAACAAGCAGUUAGUAUCUUCCUAAUUGAAAAUGGUUUGGAUAUUGCAAUGAAAAAAUUUAAAAAUGCAAGGAUUAUUGACAUGACAUUUUUUGAUAAUGAUAAUAAACUUGCUGUUGUAACUCAAGAAGAAAAUGACACCAUCUAUACUACUAUUUGGGAUUUAUUUAACUGCAAUGAAGAUGAUUCUGAAAAUAUUUAUGAUGACAAUGAUAAUAAACUACGUAGAAAACAAGAAAAUCGUAAUAGACCAAUUGGAUUAUUUUCAAACUUUCUCGUUUAUCCUUCUUUAAAUCCGGGUGUUGAUCUAAUUCCAUUCGACAAUAAUAGUAAUGACAGCUAUUACCACAACGGUUUCAAACCAACAAUAAUUUGUAAAAUUGUAAGAAAUAUGAUGAUUAUUACUGAUAGAAAAAAAAUUAGAUAUGAAAUUUAUGAUCUUUUUGGAAAACUUUUGGAUACUUUUGAUGAUAAUGAUGCUAAGCAAUCUCAGGAAUUUGGAAAUUUGAUUGUUGAAGAUAGCGAGCCUUGGGAUUCCUCGUCUAGAGUCCAAACUACAAUUUGGUUGAACGUAAAAAAAACCUUGCAACUUAUAAUUGAAGUUUGUCGUUCCCUGAGAUUUCUUAACGAUAAACAUAACGAUGCCAAAAAUUUAUCAAAUAGAAGAAAAAGAUAUUUCGAAAAAACGAUUCAAGAAACUAUUAAAAUUUUAAAAGAUUUUAUUGAUAAGCAUCCACAAAAAUGGCGUCUAAUUGACACCAAAGAAUGUAUUAUGGCUCAUUUAAUAGUUUCAAGAUGUAAAUUGGUUAGUUAUAUAUUGAAAGAUAAACAGCAAUAUAAAUUGCAUAUUCCACGUAAACUCGGUUGGUCGGAAGAAGAAUGCCAGGAAACAUUUAUUGUUGGAACUCCUAAAAAACGAUCUUCAACUAAAAAAAAAUUAAAUGACUUGCAUCUUGCAAUCUUAACUAAAAAUCCCGGUAUAGUUAAAGAGUUGGUCACUUAUUACUCUGCCCUUGCAAAUGAUAAUAUUGGUUGGAUGUCAACAGUCUCCGAAGAAUUACUUUUUCUUUAUCGAAAUUAUAAAGGAUUAUUCGAUCAGCCAAUUUUCGGUUCAAAGGAAGCAGCACAUCUGAUUUCUGGAAAUUUAAGGUCUCCUUCAUCUACAGUGAAAAAUUUUUGGAUUAAAAUUAGAAACUUUAUCAGAAGAAAAUAUGGUUUAAAAGAUAUUCCAGUCCAAAUGGAUUCCAUAUCACUGCGAACCUCAGAGAAACUAAUUAUCGCGAAACCACUUCUUGAUGUUCCCACAAGAUUGACAAAUCAAGUUUCAAAACAUGAGAGAAGCGAGAGAAACAUCGAUGAUGCAACUCCAUUAAUUAUGACAUGCAUGGUACCAUUACCAAAUUUCACAGUGCCGAAACGAGAUGAAGAGGCAAGCGGGAGAAGCAUACUGUUAAGGUUCAAUAGAAAAAGUCGUUUCUUGAGAAUGGUAUUGGCCGAUACAAAUGACAUUAUCUAUGAUAAUCCUGCCAUGGAAGCUAUAGUAGAAUUCAAAUGGAAUAAAUAUGCUCGUAAUUACAUUUAUGGAUUGCUAUUACUGUUCUCAUUCUAUCAAUUAUGUUUCGGAUUUAUUUGUUACGGCUAUGUAACACAAAUAAAAGCAACAGAUGUAUUAUUUUAUAUUGCAAUGAUUCCAUCAGUGGUUAUUGUAAUCAGUAUGGGAACCGUUUUAUUGGUGCUUGAGAUCCAACAAUGCCUAUUGUUGGCACGAAAAUACAUUAGAUUGUACAAUUUAUUUGAUGUGAUGGCUUGUGUUCUACCAAUGGCCGGAACUGUUCUCAUUCUAAGAUCACUCUUAAUGUCCAUGGCUCAAGAUGAAACAACUAACGGUUUUGAAAAUAUUCCUAUAAGCAGACCUUUAUUGAUAUUUUUAUCAAUGACCAUCUUAGUAUUAUGGCUCGAAUUGGUAGUAAUCGGUAUCUAUGUUUUCGUUAUAUUGAAUCUUUUGAAAAAGAUUUUUCCUUUCUUGGGAGUAAUGCUUCUCAUUGUUUGCGGAUUUGCCCAUACAAUGUAUUUAUUGUUAAGUAGACCUGAACUUAUAGGCGUAGUACCUCAAGGCGCAUCAUUUACACUUAGAGAUCCAUCACAAACAUUAUUUAAAAACGACUUGGUGAUAACUGAAAAUGUUGAAAAUAACUAUUUUGACGAUUUUUUCUCAUCUGCGAAGGCGGUUUAUUUCUGGACGAAUGGUCAAUGGGAUCAAAUUGAUCAUUGGGAUUUUUUGCCGGUUACAAUGAUAACACUUUUUGCUAGUUUUUUUUUGGUUAUUGUUAUGCAGAAUAUUAUGAUCGCAAUCAUGUCAGAUGUUGUUUCUGAUGCUAAAUAUAAUGGAAAAAAAGCUUUUCUUAAAUUGAGAGCUGAAUUAAUAGCAGAAGUGGAAACAUUUUUUAUUAGUUCAUCACAACAAAGAAAUCAAGAUUGGUUUCCAAAAAAUAUUUAUUAUCAAAUUAACAUUGAAGAAUGA